AUGACCGACAGUGUUAUGCCCCUGCCCUUCUUCGACGAUACGCCGCUAUGGCGUGCCUUCAUUCUCUACUCCAUGUUCGUCUUUGACGACGUGCUCAAUCCUGACAAGCUUCGGUCCAGCCUCGAAGGCUUGAUACAUCGGCCUGGGUGGCGGAAGCUGGGGGCCCGUCUCCGUCAGAAUGCUUCCGGGCACCUCGAAUAUCACUGCCCGGCCGAGUUCAGCACAACUCGACCAGCACUUUCGUUUACGCAUGUCGACACCGGCGUCAGUGCGUCAGAUCAUCCGAUCGCCGCGAGGAUACCGAGACCCAGCGCCAAGCCAGCGGUGGUAGGUGAUCCGGACGAGUUCCGGAGCCUCUUCCGCCCGGAAGGCGCCCCGACGACGUUGGCGCAUUACUUUAGCAAGGACGUGCCCCAGCUAGGGCUGCAUGUUGUGUCGUUUGUGGACAGGACGAUUGUUGUCAUCUACUGGCCGCAUACGCUGAUGGAUGCCCUGGGCAAGCGGGCCUUCCUCAAUGCUUGGGUGCUGAUGCUCGAGGGCCGUGAUGAUGAGGUUGAAGCCCCAGUCGGCUUCGAAACUGAUCCCUUGGCAGAGCUCGGGAAACACCCAAGCGAGGCGCACAAGCUGGAGAACCAUCGUCUGUCACUACUAGGACUCACAUCAUACGGGCUUAGAAACGCCCUGGAUUUCGUCCGAACUCCGCAGAACCGUAUGGUCUGCAUUCCCAAAACAUUCGUCGAAAACCUUCGGGGUUCUGCUGUCGCCGCUCUCGCGGCCGAGACAGGCGAGGCCGAGCCAUACCUGAGCCACGGCGACGUUCUCUGCGCGUGGUGGACUCGGCUCGUAUUGUCACACCUCCCGCCGAACAGCCACAGGACUGUAGUCCUCAACAAUGCGUACUCGCUGCGCGAGACACUCGCAGACAACUUGCUGCCUGAAGGAGCUGGGUCUGGCUACGUCUCAAACGCAACAUUCUUUAUCCAUGUGCUACUGCCACUGGACGAGGUUCUGGGCGCACCGCUGCACCGGGUGGCACUGGCGAUCCGACAGGCCAUCCUCAGCCUCGGCACCAGGGCACAGGUCGAGGCCUUCGCGGCACUGUGGCGCCAGUCUUUGGGGAAACUGCCUCCCUUCUUUGGCGACAGCGGGAUGCACAUGAUCACAUACUCAAACUGGGACAAGGCGCGGCUUUUCGAGACCGACUUCUCGGCCGCAGUUGUCCAGUCCGCAGCGAGCUCGCAGACAUCUGGCAAGCCUGUGUACAUCCAGAACAAUCAGUUUGGGCUCAUUCUCCCCAACGCAUUUCCAAUCAUUGGCCGGGACGGCCAUGGGAACUUUUGGUUGUCUGGUUACUUGAACAAGGAGUGCCUUGUGAGCGAGAUCGAAGAGAUCAUGGGUUGGGUAACAGAGACACUAUGA